CGGUCCUGUUUCCUCUUUAUGCGCUUUCGCCACUAUAAGCCAAAACAUUUCACUGCCGCACUUUACUUUGCUGCUGUGGUGACUUUCCAAACAGCUUGACACCAACUUCCUCACCGGCAGUAGUAUCAUUUUGAUGGGCUUGCUGUGAAGCAUUUCUUUUAUAAUUAGCGUUUUCUUAAUUUUCCUCCAAAAUGCCUGAGUUCAUAUCGGUGGAUGAGUUUAUCGCGGAGACUUUGGAGGACUACAGCUCCCCCACCACCUCUUCCUUCUACACCAAAAUGACAAGUUGCCGAAAUUCCGCCAACAAUAUCGAGGAGGCCUUGGACUCUGACCGUACAAUCUUGCAGAAAAUGAAGAAAGCAGCCAAAGCAAAGCACAUCUCUGGCCAAGACCACGUAUCACAUUUGGAGGCAUACAUCAAUUCCAUGGAGAAGUUGGCCGUGAAUUUCCGCAACAAUGGAGAACAGGAAGUGGCCUCUGCGUUUAAUAAGUUUGCAGAAUUCUCCAAAGAACUGCUGACGCCAAUGAAGAACUUGUUGAAGAGCAUGUUGCACAACGUCAACUUCUUCCUGGACUCGCUGGUAAAAGGGGAUCUGAAAGAGGUCAAAGGUGACCUGAAAAAGCCUUUUGACAAGGCGUGGAGAGAUUAUGAGAAUAAAUUCACUAAAAUCGAGAAAGAGAAGAGGGAACUGGCGAAGCAGUACGGUAUGGUGCGCACAGAGGUGAGCGGAGGAGAGAUUGCAGAAGAGAUGGAGAAAGAGCGCAGGAUGUUCCAGCUACAGAUGUGUGAAUACCUCAUCAAAGUAAAUGAAAUUAAAACCAAGAAAGGAGUAGACCUGCUACAGAACCUCAUCAAACACUACUACUCUCAAUGCAAUUUCUUUCAGGAAUGUCUGGCUGCAACGGAAAAACUCAAGCAGUACAUUGAUGCUCUUACGGGACAGCUGAGUGCUAUCAAACAUAAGCAGGAAGAUGAGAAGAGACAGCUCUGUUCUCUCAGAGAUCAGCUCAGACCGGCUCUGCAGCCCGAAUUCAAGGAGCAGUCUAGGAGAGAUUCUCUGAGCAGACAGACUGUGUACAGCAUGCAUCAGCUUCAAGGCAACAAGCAAUAUGGCACAGAGAAAUCAGGCUACCUCUACAAGAGGAGUGAUGGGUUGAGGAAGAUGUGGCAGAAGAGGAAAUGUACCGUGCAGAACUGCUAUCUUACCAUCGCUCAUGGAACUCCUAAUAAAUCACCAGCUAAACUCAACCUCCUCACCUGCCAAGUCAAACCAAGUCUGGAAGACAAGAAAUGCUUUGACCUCAUCUCACAUAAUCGCACCUACCAUUUUCUGGCUGAUGAUGAAUCUGAUUGUGUGGCGUGGAUAUCUGUGCUUACAAACAGUAAGCAGGAAGCUCUAAAUGUGGCUCUGGAUGAGAGGAAGCCGAGUGGGGAAAACAGCGUUGAGGAUCUGACACGAGCCAUUACUGAGGAUAUUCGCCGCUUGCCUGGAAACAACGUUUGCUGUGACUGUGGGGCUCCAGAUCCGUCUUGGAUCUCUAUAAACCUGGGAAUCCUCACAUGCAUUGAGUGCUCAGGGAUACAUCGGGAAAUGGGUGUACAUUAUUCACGCAUUCAGUCACUUUCUCUGGACAAACUGGGCACUUCAGAAUUGCUGUUGGCAAGAAACGUGGGGAAUUCGGGUUUUAAUGAAAUUGUGGAGGCCAAUCUUCCCAGUCCCUCUGUGAAGCCGUCAGCAGAGAGUGACAUGGCCAUACGAAAGGAUUUCAUUCUCUUAAAGUAUAUGGAGUGGCAGUUUGCACAGCGUAGCGGCGGCUCACCCGAAACGAAGCGCAAAUACCUGCAGGACGCUGUGCACAGUCGGGAUGUCUUCAGCCUCUUACAGCUUUACGCUGAGAGAAUGGACUUCAGCCUGCCACUGCCAUGUCCCCUACAGGUCAGAAAAGGGGAAACUGCACUACACCUAGCCGUCCUAUUGUCUGACAGGACUUCACUUCAUGUGGCUGACUUCUUGUUCCACAACUGUAAUAAUCUGGACGCUCAGACUGUGAAGGGGAACACUGCUUUGCAUUACUGCUGUCAGCACAAUAAAACCGAGUGCCUUAAACUUCUGCUCAGAGCCAAGGCCAACACUCAUAUCAAGAAUGAUAACGGAGAGACGGGGCUGGACGUGGCUCGCAGAUUGAAGCACACGCUGUGCGAGGAGCUGAUCCACCAAUCACAGAACAACCAAUUCAACAUGCACGUGCACGUGGAGUAUGAGUGGAGACUGCGGCAAGACGACCUUUAUGAGAGCGACGAUGACCUAGAUGACAAGAUGGGCCCGGUGAAGAAGGAGCGCUUAGGACGGCCUUUCAGCUUGUAUCACAGUAGCUCUGCCUCUCACUCUGGUGGAGGAGGAAGCGGCGGAGGGGGGUUGUUCAACGUGGGCCGGAGGCUGGCAAUGGCCCGUGGAGAGAACCGGAGGGAGGUGUACGCCAGUCCCAACUCUCAGACACGCAGCCUCGACAGUCCCCCUCCGCCACCCCCUUCAUCGCCCGCACCGCCACUGCCACCUCGAGUCAGAGCUCCAAACAUCCCCCCUCCUCCCCCUCCUAUGAGCUCACCUGAUGGCUGGACGUCCCAUGAAGUGAGCAGCAGUAAGAAACGAACCCCUCCUCCCCCUCUUAUCAUCCGUCACAAGCGCACCUAUUCUGAGCCCGCCUCAGAUGCCCCCAGCCCCCACGCUUCACGGCAGGGAUCAGCAGAUUAUGGAGUACCUGCUGGCCCGAGGAGCUUCAAGUGUCCAGACUCACCUUUCCAGAAGUGUGUCUCAGGUUCUCCCAAAUACACGUUGUCCACUCUCAACUCCUUAUCUGAGCUACCAGAACGAGCGGGCUUUCGAGCAGAUGGGGAGUGCAGCUCGUCUCACUUUCUGUAUCAAACCCCACAAUCUAUCAGCAGCGGCGGGCGGCAUGCCCCGGCCCUGUCCCCCACCUCCCCGCGCUCCUUCAGCCUGGAGGCUAACGGCAGCUCCACGUCCUCCUGCCACACAGCUCCUCACCCCCUGCCCAGGAAAACUCUGAUGAAGUCGAAGCUGAAGCGCGUCAAGGCCAUGUACGACUGCGUGGCGGAUCAUCACGAUGAGCUCACCUUCAACGAGGGUGAGGUUCUGGUGGUGCUCGGAGAGGAGGAUGCUGAUUGGUGGCACGGCUACAUCGAGGGACAGCCAGACAGAACGGGCUUAUCAGCAUCGUUUGUCUCCAUGCUCGCUGAAUGA